CACAUGAUACAUUUAUGACUGCUGUUUCCAAUAUUAAAUCUAUUCCAGAAUUUGUAUCAAGAUAAAGAAAAAGAACAAUUAAUGGUGUUGUUAGAGAUGAUUGGUGGUUGAUUGAUUUUACAAUUGAUGAACUGAAACGGGUCGGUAUUAAUUAAGUAUGAGGUUCCAC